UCAUGACGUUAGCUCCGGUUGCCGUGCUGAGUCGGAAGUGGGAACCGUUCGGCCGCUGAGAUUCUGUCGUGUCGUCGCUGCUGGCCCUCAGGCUCUGCCGCUCCCCCUAGGUCUGGAUGGAGGAUACUUUAAAGUGAAAUGACAGACCAGGAGAAUAACAACAACAUCUCAAGUAACCCCUUUGCUGCUCUUUUUGGCUCCCUGGCUGAUGCCAAGCAGUUUGCAGCAGUCCAAAAAGAGCAGCUGAAGCAGCAAUCUGAUGAACUCCCAGCCAGCCCAGAUGACUCAGAUAAUAGUGUGUCAGAGAGCCUGGAUGAAUUUGAUUACUCUGUGGCUGAGAUUAGCCGCUCAUUCCGUUCACAGCAGGAAAUAUGUGAGCAACUCAACAUCAAUCACAUGAUCCAAAGGAUCUUCCUCAUCACUCUGGACAACAGUGACCCAAGCCUGAAAAGUGGGAAUGGCAUCCCCAGCCGUUGUGUGUAUUUGGAAGAAAUGGCAGUAGACCUGGAAGAUCAAGACUGGCUUGAUAUGAACAACGUAGAGCAGGCCGUCUUCACUCGCUUAUUACUUCAAGAUCCAGGCAACCACUUGAUUAACAUGACCUCUUCUACAACGUUGAAUCUCUCUGCUGAUCGAGACGCAGGGGAGAGGCACAUUUUUUGUUACCUUUAUUCCUGUUUCCAAAGAGCCAAGGAAGAGAUUACCAAAGUUCCAGAGAACCUGCUACCCUUUGCUGUGCAGUGCAGGAACCUCACUGUGUCCAAUACCCGAACAGUUCUCCUCACCCCAGAGAUCUAUGUUGACCAGAACAUCCAUGAGCAACUGGUAGAUUUGAUGUUGGAAGCCAUCCUAGGAGGCCAUUUUGAAGGUGUAACUGAGUUUCUGGAUGAGGUCAUCGAAGCCUUGAUACUGGAUGAGGAAGUUCGAACAUUUCCAGAAGUCAUGAUUCCAGUGUUUGAUAUUUUAUUGGGCCGAAUAAAAGAUCUAGAACUCUGCCAGAUCCUGUUGUACGCAUAUCUGGACAUUCUUCUGUAUUUCAGUAGGCAAAAGGAUAUGGCAAAGGUUUUUGUAGAAUACAUUCAGCCCAAGGAUCCUAGUAAUGGGCAGAUGUACCAGAAGACCUUGCUGGGAGUAAUCCUGAAUAUCUCCUGCUUAUUAAAGACUCCGGGUGUAGUAGAAAAUCAUGGCUACUUCCUGAAUCCAUCUCGUUCCAGUCCCCAGGAGAUCAAAGUACAAGAGGCCAACAUUCAUCAGUUCAUGGCUCGGUUCCAUGAAAAGAUCUACCAGAUGUUGAAGAACUUACUCCAGCUCUCUCCAGAAACCAAACACUGUAUCUUGUCCUGGCUUGGAAACUGUUUGCAUGCAAAUGCAGGCCGCACCAAGAUUUGGGCCAAUCAGAUGCCAGAAAUCUUCUUCCAAAUGUAUGCCUCGGAUGCCUUCUUUCUAAAUCUGGGUGCUGCUCUCCUGAAGUUAUGCCAGCCAUUUUGCAAACCCAGAUCCUCUCGGCUCCUCACCUUUAAUCCCACUUACUGUGCCCUGAAGGAAUUGAAUGAUGAAGAACGAAAAAUUAAAAAUGUACACAUGAGAGGUUUGGACAAAGAAACCUGUUUGAUCCCAGCUGUGCGGGAGCCAAAGUUUCCCCAGAACUACAACCUUGUAACAGAAAACCUUGUCCUGACAGAGUACACCUUGUACUUGGGAUUUCACAGGUUGCAUGAUCAGAUGGUAAAAAUCAACCAAAAUCUGCAUCGGCUGCAGGUAGCCUGGCGGGAUGCUCAGCAAAGUUCUAGCCCUGCUGCUGACAACCUCCGUGAGCAGUUUGAACGACUGAUGACCAUCUAUCUUUCUACUAAGACUGCCAUGACUGAGCCGCAAAUGCUGCAAAACUGCCUAAAUUUGCAGGUGUCCAUGGCUGUUCUCCUAGUUCAACUGGCCAUAGGCAAUGAGGGCUCACAGCUGAUAGAGCUAACUUUUCCUUUGCCAGAUGGCUACAGUUCUUUGGCUUACGUGCCAGAAUUUUUUGCAGAUAACUUGGGUGAUUUCCUCAUUUUUCUCCGCCGCUUUGCCGAUGACAUCUUGGAGACAUCAGCAGAUUCCCUGGAACAUGUCCUUCAUUUUAUCACCAUUUUCACUGGAAGCAUAGAAAGGAUGAAGAAUCCCCACCUAAGGGCCAAACUCGCUGAGGUGUUGGAAGCAGUGAUGCCCCACAUGGAUCAGACCCCAAAUCCCUUGGUAUCCAGUGUGUUCCACCGGAAACGUGUGUUCUGCAACUUUCCCUAUGCAUCCCACCUUGCAGAAGCUCUAAUCAAGGUCUUUGUGGACAUUGAGUUUACAGGAGACCCCCAUCAGUUUGAGCAGAAGUUUAAUUACCGCCGCCCCAUGUAUCCCAUCCUCAGGUACAUGUGGGGAACAGAUACCUAUCGAGAGAGCAUUAAGGAUUUGGCUGACUAUGCCUCUAAGAAUUUAGAAGCCAUGAAUCCCCCACUUUUCCUCCGCUUUCUUAACCUGCUAAUGAACGAUGCCAUCUUCCUUUUGGAUGAAGCCAUACAGUAUUUGAGCAAGAUAAAAAUUCAACAAAUUGAGAAGGACCAAGGUGAAUGGGACAGUCUGACUCCAGAAGCCCGCCGAGAGAAGGAGGCUGGCCUACAGAUGUUUGGACAGCUGGCACGUUUCCAUAACAUCAUGUCCAAUGAAACAAUUGGUACCCUUGCCUUUCUGACAUCAGAGAUCAAAUCCCUCUUUGUGCAUCCUUUCCUGGCUGAGCGCAUCAUCUCCAUGCUGAACUACUUCCUGCAGCACCUGGUUGGCCCCAAGAUGGGGGCCUUAAAAGUCAAGGACUUCAGUGAAUUUGACUUCAAACCCCAGCAGCUCGUUUCAGAUAUCUGCACCAUCUACCUAAAUCUUGGGGAUGAGGAGAAUUUCUGUGCCACUGUGCCCAAGGAUGGACGUUCCUAUUCCCCAACUCUCUUUGCACAGACAGUCCGAGUCCUGAAGAAAAUAAAUAAGCCUGGGAAUAUGAUUGUGGCUUUCAGCAACUUAGCAGAGAGAAUCAAGUCUCUAGCAGACCUCCAACAACAGGAAGAGGAGACCUAUGCAGAUGCCUGUGAUGAGUUUCUGGAUCCCAUCAUGAGCACACUGAUGUCUGACCCUGUGGUGCUGCCGUCUUCCAGAGUCACUGUGGAUAGAUCCACCAUUGCCAGACAUUUGCUCAGUGACCAAACAGAUCCCUUUAACCGUAGUCCCCUCACCAUGGACCAGAUCCGGCCAAAUACAGAACUAAAAGAAAAAAUCCAACGGUGGCUUGCAGAAAGGAAACAACAACAAAAGGAGCACCCUGAAUAAAUACUGUGACCUAAACAAACCAAAAACCAACCCCAGAGUGUAGAUAAACAAUUGUUUGUGGUUUCUCUCU